AUGGCGGCCAAUGCUCCACCUGAGCCGGCUUCGGGAAACUCUUGCUGCCUCGCGUGGCAAGGGAAGUACGUAGCCAUGAAGAAGAGGCGGGACUAUUGUAAAGAAGCCAUAGACAUUCUCCAGAAGGCCAUUGGAGUCGCUAAUGCUGAGAAAGCCAAUCUCGAGAAAAAACUUGGGGAUAUGGCGGCUGACAGAGACUCGAAGGGAAAUGACUCAGUGGUAAAAGCAUCUUUGGAGAAAGAAAUCUCUGGUUUGAAGUCUGAGCUAUUGUCUUUGGAGCACAACCUCAAAGAAAAAAGUGGAGAAACAAAGAUUCUUAAGGAUCGAGCUUCUAGUAGAGAAAGGGAGAUUUGUAAACUGAAGGACCUCCUUAAGAAAGAAAGAUCAAGGGCAGAUAAUUCUGAAGAAGAGAGGAAAAAGGUCUGGAAAGAAUUGAACAAGACAAAGGCUCUGAUAGUAAAAGAUGAGGAUGUCAAGCCACACGUUCCUGAAAUGAACAAGGAAAUAAGUCUGGUUAGAAAUCUUCUUGCAAGCGAGAGGAAGAACACUGAGUCAGAGAGGGAGAAAGCAGAAUCAGAGAAAAAGAAAGCUGAUCAGUAUCUUUGUGAGUUGGAGGGUUUAAGAACUACAGCUCGCAAGACUAGUUCAGAUUUGCCUACUUUGACCUCCAAUCUUGAGACUGUGAAAAAGCAGCUUGAGUUUGAAAAACAAAUGACAGUGAAAGAGAGAAAACGUGCAGAUAUGGAGAGUGCGAAAGCUAGGGAACAGAUAAAUCUGGCAGAAGAUUUGUCUAAGAAGAUAGAAACCAUUAGAGCUAGAAAUGAAGAGCUCAAGAAAGAAGCGGAAAACUCGGCAGAACUGGAAGAGAAGAUAAGGCUCCUUGAGAUGAAUGAGAAAGCAGCCACGGACUGGAAAUUUCGUGCUGAUGAUCUGACUCGGCAGUUACGAGAAGCACAGCUAGUGACUGAGGGUUUGAAAAAACAGUUGCAUGAACUUUCACUCUCCCAGAAAUCCCCCAAGACUCGCUCUGUUUCUCCUCAUGAAGCCAGAGAUCUGGAAAAGGCUAAAGUGAGGCUUUUGGAAAAAGAGCUCAAGUUUGCGAGGAAAUGUGCAAAACAAUCCGACAAAGUGGCUGAGUUUGAAAAUUUCCGAAGGGAAUUUCAGGCGGCAGAGCAAGGUCGGUUAAAACUGGAGUUUGGUAGUCUUUCUUAUCGCAAAAAUCUACUGAGUGAGUAUUUUUCAAGAGGCGUUGAAGGUACAUCUGGUCUUGCAAAGGCAGAGGACUGCAUCAAACUGGAGAUGCCACAAUCCCCGAAGAACCGUAAUGGUGAAAUGCAUCCUGACGCAAGAUGCCAUUUGGUAGCUAGCUCUGGUUCUCAGGACCAGGUUCACAAGUUUCCUGCCCAGUUAAUUCCUAGACCUGGACGGGGCGUGAGUGAGUCUGACUCAGGUACUGUUACUCAAUUGGAGUCUCCUACUGGAGGCUCUUUAAAAUUACAGACUUCUGGAGUAAUUUCCAGCGAAACAUCUUAUUCUGAUGGGCAGUUACUGGCCUCACAGGGAAGAAAGCAGUUAUCCGUUAUUACUUCAGCAGAAAAAGCAAAAGAUGAAGCGAAAAUCCAACAAGCAAAAGCAAGUAUUUUCCAGAAGAUCGAGACCAGGAAAAACGCAAAUCUUUGUUUGGUGGCUGAAAACUCUCUAAAAAGGAAAAGAAUGCCAGAGGCAGUUGAGUCCCGUAAGCAACGGUCAUCUGAUGAUAAAAAGAAACAAUUACAGACUGGAGAGAAGCGGGGCACCUUGCAGUCUAUGGUAGUAGAAACUGGGUAUAAGCCUUCAGAAGAGAAAAGAAUCUUGGUCCCUGAUAUGCAAGGUGGCUCCUCUGCAAAGUGCAUUACGAUUUCCAAGAAAAGAAGGGUUUCUUCUUGUCAGAAGAAGACAAUUAUUGAGAAUUCAGCCAAGGCAGGUAACAAAGCUGGAAAUACACACGUAGCUCGGAAAACUAUGUGCCUCUCAACUGCUAAAGGACAUGAUGCGGCAACAUCAUUUCUGGAGGACCUUGGUGAUACAGAUUGUAUGAAGUUGUUGGAGUUCGAUAACCGGGAAGAAGAAAGUUGUUACAGGAUGGCAAGAGAGUCCCUUAUGUCCCCGUAUCUUCCUCAGAUAGACUUUUUGGGUGGUGAACUCGUGAAUGAGGACAAAAACCCUGCUAGGGCUCGUGACGUGGUUGGUAGUAAUAGCGUGGAUUUAUGGGACAUGAUAAAUUCUAGUGCAGCUCCUAGUCUCGACACUCAGAAUGCUUCAGUGACAGCCAAAAUGCCACCUGAGUCAACAACGUUGGAUAGUCAUAUUCUGAAACACUUGGUUGUGUUUUCAAAUAUUGAAGACCAGAAUAGUAUCAUCAAAAUGUUUCAUGCUGCAAACAAUUGUGUUCAGCGAUGCCCAUCUGUUACUAGAGCACAGUGGGCAGUACCCGCUAUUCUGUUCUCCUUGAAAAUGGAAGAAGAAAACCUUUUAGCCCAGGAAAGGGUAUGCGUGUUCCUCUCAUUGCUGCUACAUAACUUCUCUGUGGUUUCCUCGAUGAAAACUGGGAACACUCUAAAUGAUGAUUCUUGGUCCUGCUUGGAUUCUUACUCAAAGCAUAUAUAUGGUGCUAUUGCUGAUAUUGAAGUUGGAGGUAUGCUCUCUGGAUUUUUGGAAGAACUCCUUAGUCUUCUUCAGGACCUCCUUUCCGAGCAGAGGGUAUAUUUCUCUGUUAAUUCCUCAGAAACAUCUGAAUCUGAUUUAAGCAUCAACGGAGAAAAUGUAGCUCUCUCCAGCAGAGUCGCUCUGUUUGAUCAUUUGGUGGCUGGAAGUGCUAUUUUGGCGGCAAUAUGUAGUGCAGUGAAUCGUGUUGGAAUUAUCCGUGAAACAUCCUUUGAGAUCCUGCACAAGAACAUUCAUGAGAAGACCUCAGUGCCACUGACCAUUCUUCACGUUUUUGCUUACAUUUCCGGAGAGGAAAUGAUGUUCUCUGGUGUUCAUGACAUAUCAGUUGCAGUGUUGAAAUCCAUUGUUACCUUCCUAGAGAAGAGACAUUUUGGCGCUAAGUUGCACCCAGGAAAGAACAAGUGUCCGUUCUCAGACGGGUCUUCCUCGCUGGAGUCUAUCGCAUCUAAUCUCAUGGAAAUUCUUCAGGAAUUUACACAGUCUAAUACUUUGCAUCAGAGCUUAACCGAGUUUAGGCCAGCACACAGAGAUUUCCAGUGCGUAUUGGCAAGGGAUCAAAGUGUUACGUUAUGUGACAUUCUGUCACUGGUGGAGCUUAUUGCUUGUUACACGGCAUGGGAUUGGACUAGUGCGAACAUUGUUGCUCCACUGCUUAAGUUGCUGGGAAUGCCAUUGCCAGUAAAUAAUCAUGUUGCAGUCGUCUCUCUUCUUGGGCAACUUAGCAGUAUUGGUGUGGAUGCUUGUGGCUAUGAAAAUGAAGGAAUCUCAAACUUGCGAGAGAAACUGACAGCAUUUCUGCAGUGUGAGACGACGCUAAAAGCCGGUUUUGCUGUCCAGAUAGCAACCGUGAGCUCCAUCCUGAAGACGCUUCAGCUGAAUUUCACUCAAGUCUUUCAAGGCAAAACCACCAUGCUGCUUCCGGAUUGUGGUGGUGACCAAAGCUUAUCUGCUUCAGCCAAUCUGGUUACCAAGUGGUUCUUGCUAUUGAGCGACGAACAGCGAGCCUUCACAUCUGACUUCUUACAAACCUCUUGUAGUUUAUAG